CGGAGCGAUUUCCCCUCGGUACAUUGACAGUCCAGCACAAGCAACGUCUUUCGCAUCCUCGACAUCACCACCCCUGUAAGACUUGUACGCCAAUUCUCUCAGCUUUCGCAUCCUACUUCUACUACCAUUCGGACUCUCUGACUCUCCAUUCUCCCAUACUCAUACGCACUGUGCAUCAAGCAAAAUGGGCAAGACUUUUCCAACAAUCGAAAAGCUCGAGACAUUCAUCCCGAGCGCUCAUGGCUCGGGAGGUGACUAUCACAGGCAGGCCGCUGAGCACUGGAUCGUUGCGGGAAAUAUUUCCUGCCCGAUGCACAAAUACCCGGAGUACCGUCACUCUCGAACGUCCUGGGGUAUCGGUGUCCUCGGGUCCAUUUUUGUCAAGCUCACCGCUACGGACGGUACCGUCGGAUAUGCCACCGGAUUCGGAGGACCGCCUGCAUGUUGGUUGAUUGAAGAGCAUUUCAAAAGAUUCGUCAUCGGUCAAGACCCUCGAGACACCAAUAAGAUUUGGGAUCAAAUGUUUCGAGCCUCCAUGUUCUACGGUCGAAAAGGUCUCCCUUUGGCUGCACUCAGUGUUGUCGACUUGGCCAUCUGGGACCUCCUCGGCAAGAUCCGAGGCGAGCCUGUCUAUAAGAUGAUCGGUGGUCGAACCAAGAAAGACAUCCCGCUGUACCUUACUGGACCCAAGCCGCCCGUAGCCAAGAAGCUAGGAUUUUGGGGAUCCAAGGUUCCCCUGCCUCAUGGUCCUCCUGAUGGUCAUGAAGGGAUCAGAAAGAACGUGGAGUUCUUGAAGAAAUGCAAAGAGUCUGUGGGCGAGGACUACCCCGUCCAGGUAGACUGUUACAUGUCGCUCGACGUGCCAUAUACCAUUGCACUCGUCAAGGCUUGUGAAAAGGCCGGCGUUGAAAUCAAUUGGUGGGAGGAAGUCCUCCACCCCGAUGACUUCGAUGGACAUGUCAAACUCAAGGAGGCUUUACCACAUGUCAAGUUCACCACGGGAGAGCACGAGUACUCCAAAUAUGGAUUCCGAAAGCUUAUUGAGAACCGGGCGAUCGAUAUCCUCCAACCUGAUGUUAUGUGGCUUGGAGGACUGACAGAGUUGAUCAAGGUUGCGAGCAUGGCCGCGGCUUACGACAUUCCUGUCGUCCCCCACGGCUCUGGACCAUAUUCGUUCCACGCCAUCAUGUCUUUCCCCAACAGCGAUUUCUGCGAGUACAUUGCCAAUUCUGCAGAUGGAGAGUCGAUAGCUCCGUCGUUUGGAAAUCUGUUCACAAAUGAGGUCCUUCCUCACAAUGGUCGUGUGGACUUGACUGACGAGCCUGGGUUCGGCCUCGAGCUCAACCCUCACGCCGAACUUGUACCAUACUCUUCCUUUUUCUUACCUGCGAGAGGUAUCGGCGCUGCGGACGAGGAGCUCAAGAGUGAAAAGAAGCUGCCAAAUGGAGCGCAGCCAGCUACGGUCGAGGAAUUGACCCAUUGAUGUUCCGUGAUCCAGGCCUUAGACCGAUUCUUGUUCGGCGAGAAAGUAGCUAAAUUUGUAGUGCAAUGCAGUCUGCGGGCAACGAUAAGGUCAUGCUGUCCAUUAGUCACCACAACUUAGGAUAAACAUGUGAUAGGCAAAUCCUUCUGGUGGUCCGAUCUCCUGCACUGUCAGGUUGGACCCUUCUCGGCCCUCCAAAUAUC